CAAUUCAGUUCCUCUUUAUUUCCUUUUGCUCUAACCAUAGACUGUAUGGCUCUAACGUAUCACUGAAUUUUUAGAAGCGAAGCACACAGUUUCAUGAGUCUGAGCGCCAAACUCAAUUCGGGAAACAAAAACAGCAAAGGCGAUUUGUCAGCUAGCUAGCUAGAUAUUCCGUAUUACAAACCCAGCACCAUGGCCAAUUUGCUGUCAUUGCAAUGCGUUGGCUAUUUGAGGAAAUCUGGAAGCUUAAUGAAUUUAAGACCUGCGGCUCUGGGCAUCGAUAAAAGAAACUACAGCAGCAAGAAAGGGUCUUCAGCCGAGUAUCUGCACCAAAGUGUUGUACCAUCGAUGCAUUACCAGAAGAGUUUACCCAGGCUGCCCGUACCAAAACUGGAAGAUACUAUCAAGAAGUAUUUAGCUGCCCAGAGGCCUCUGUUGGAUGAUGACCAGUUCAGAACAACCGAGAAACUUGCACAGGAUUUCCAGAAUGGCGUGGGGAAACAGCUGCACGAGGAACUAGUCGCUCAAGACAAAAACAAUAAGCACACAAGCUACAUCUCAGGGCCAUGGUUUGACAUGUAUCUUUCUGCACGCGACUCUGUGGUGCUAAACUUCAACCCCUUCAUGUCCUUCAACCCUGACCCCAAGGCCGAGUACAAUGACCAGCUGGUGCGGGCGACCAACAUGGCGUGUUCAGCUGUGCGCUUCAUGAAAACACUGCGAGCUGGAUUACUGGAGCCAGAGGUUUUCCACCUCAACCCGGCAAAGAGCAACACAGACGGCUUCAAAAAGUUCAUUCGCUGGGUCCCGUCUUCGCUGUCUUGGUACGGAGCUUACAUGGUGAAUGCUUACCCCUUGGACAUGUCUCAGUACUUUCGCCUCUUUAACUCAACUCGGAUUCCCAAGCGCGGGCGAGAUGAGCUCUUCACUGAUGAGAAAGGUCGACAUCUCCUGGUUAUGAGGAAAGGCAACAUGUACGUGUUUGAUGUUGUAGACAGGGAUGGGAAUCUGGUGAAGCCUGCAGAGAUCCAGUCCCACUUUAAGUACAUUUUGUCCGACCCAACGCCAGCGCCUGCCUUUCCUCUCGGGGUCCUGACCAGUGAGAACAGGGAUGUGUGGGCCGGGCUGAGGGACAAGCUGAUAGCUGCUGGAAAUGCAGAGGAUUUACGGCUUGUUGACAGCGCCCUUUUCGCUCUCUGUCUGGACGAUGAAAGCAUGAGGGACCAUAUUCACAUCUCGCACAACAUGUUGCACGGCGACGGCUGCAACCGGUGGUACGACAAGUCCUUCAGCGUCAUUCUGACCAAAGAUGGACAGGCAGCCAUCAAUUUUGAGCACUCCUGGGGCGACGGCGUAGCUGUGCUCCGCUUUCAGAACGAGAUCUUCAAAGACACAACCGAGCAGCCGCUGGUCCACCCGGGCUCUGCUCCUGCUGCUGUGGAUUCGGCAUCAGCUGUGCGCAGACUGCAGUUCAACCUGGACAGCGAGCUGGAGAAUGGCAUCAAGGUAGCCAAGGAGAAGUUUGAUUCAGCCGUAUCGAAGCUCACCAUCGAUGCGUUGGAGUUCAAGAAAGGUGGGAAGGAACAAUUGAAGAAGAGCAAGUUGAGUCCAGAUGCUAUAGCCCAGCUGGCUUUUCAGAUGGGCUUCUUGAGGCAGUAUGGGCAGACAGUCGCCACGUACGAGUCGUGUAGCACUGCGGCGUUCAAGCAUGGCCGCACAGAGACCAUCCGGCCAGCCACCAUACACACAAAACAAUGCUCACAUGCCUUCGUUUGCCAGCCAGGCCAACACAGCGUGGGGCAACUACAGGCCAUGCUGAGUGAAUGCUCUAAAUAUCAUGGACAGCUCACCAAGGAGGCAGCUAUGGGCCAAGGGUUUGACCGUCACCUGUUUGCCAUGCGAUAUCUGGCGAAUUCAAAGGGCCAGGCUCUACACAGCUUGUACACAGACCCAGCUUACGCUGCCAUCAACCACAACAUCCUCUCUACCAGCACCCUCACCAGUCCAGCUGUGAACCUCGGUGGCUUUGCUCCGGUGGUGCCUGAUGGGUUUGGUGUGGGCUAUGGUGUCCACGACGACUGGAUCGGCUGCAAUGUGUCCAGCUAUCCGGCUCGCAACGUCCACGAGUUCCUGCAGUGUGUUCACAAGUCUUUAGAGGACAUUUUCACUGUUUUGGAAGGAAAGGCGCUCAGCUAAGAUACAUGCGUUAGUCAUCACAAAAGUGAAAGAAAAAAAAACUAAUUUUUACAGAACGGUGAAGGUCAGUGCAUUUUCUGCUCCCAAACUAACUUCUCUCUGGAACAUGCAGGAAUUGAGAUGAAUUAUAUAUUUAAUACAUUAUCAUGGUGCUUAAAUAUAACUUUAUUUUAGGAAAUCAAAAAAUUUGGAGUGCUGGUCAUUAUUUAUGCAGGACUUUUCAGAUGUAGAUUUUCUCUGGAAUAGAUUAAAGUAUGGAAUCAGACUGUGCCUUCUCAAUGUGAAUUUAACAGCAUCUGAUUGUUAUUGUGAUAGCUUAUUUAAAUUGUCAUCACUGUCAUUUACAUUGACAAUAUUGUUGUGGGUGAAUGUAAUUUGAAAUAAAAAUUAAUUGAUUUA